UGACGUCAAGGGGCGGGGCUGUUUGCUCUUGUGUGUGUGUGCGUGCGUGUGAGCGUGCGCGUGUAGAAGCCCCCUCCGCCAGGCAACUCUCUCGCUCUGUACAGGCGCAGUGUGUGCAGUGUGUGCAGCUCGGCUGGCCUCCCUCCGCACUGAAUGGACUAGAUUCCCAGCCACGUAAGAAGCACAGCGGCACCACGGGAGAGAGGAUGUCCUGCUGAAUCAAGGGAUAGGCCUGGGAAAGUCGGCCGGCCGUCCCUUCCUUCCUUACAGCAGCUUACAGCAGCAGACAUACAAGACAGACGACACUUUUCUUCCAUUGGACUAGACCAAGAAAAAGAAAGAGGACGUCGACUCCCGCACACAAAGAGCUACAGCAGUUUUUUUUCCGGAUGGGGUUUUCUCCUUAUGUGGUAGAUGACAGUCGCCGUGCAUGGAUAUGAUCCUGGGGAAAAAGGCCGUGCACUGACCUAGUAAUAGUUAGCCAAGGAAGCUAACUAGUUAGCUCUGCACCUGCUAGCCAUCAUUUGUCUGUCAAAUUUCGACUAAAUUCAGCAGCUAUAAUUAGCUUGCAAAACUUGCUUUAUAUAUUUUUGCUUGUGCAUUUUUUUUCCUGUGCCUGCAAGCUGUACCCAACAAAUUAUUUCCGUUUUAUGAAACGUGCCAUACCAUUAACCGGCGAGAUAAGCUAGCAGACGAGCUGCCGGUUAACUUCGCACUCUUCAUUCAUUGUCAAAGCUGAGUUGUGGUUGCCUUUGUUACAGUUUUGUCUUGCCUGCUCGCACUGCUAGCGUUAAUGAAAUUGCAGCAGGUCUGUACAAAGGGUUUUCAGUCGGCUUUGGGCAGUAAGUCAUUUUAGCCUGGCCUUAUCUCUUGAAUGGAAAACAAAGGGGGGCAAAUGAACAGUUGAACUCUGCAAAAAAAAAAUUACAGACCUCCUUUUUGUUGUAUUAAAACCAACGAGCCAGCUUUGCCUGUUGAUAGUCUGCACAUUCUCCAACAGCAAGGUGCAGUUAAAUCAUUUCUUCAUCUGUUUUUUUUACGUUAUUCAAGAUAUACAACAGUAUCGGACGAUUUGUGAUAUUGCACUGAGUUUACGACAAAGUGGUGCCCUAAUCGAAGGAGGAGGAGAAGAACAAGGAGGAGGAAGGCCCCCGAUUUUGUGGAGUUAUCACACUUAUUCCUCAUGAACAUACAGAGGUCAAAUCCAAUUAACAUUUCACGUUAUGGGAGAUCGCGGCACAAAUCGCACGAUUUCGAAGAAUUGUCUUGCUUAAGGACUACAGAGUCGCACCAGAGUUUCAGUCCCAACCUCGGGUCCCCCAGCCCGCCGGAGACCCCGGACUCCUCGCACUGUAUCUCCCGCAUCGGGGACUACCUUUUGUUGGAACCACUGGAGGGAGACCACGUUUUCAGAGCCGCCCAGCUGCACAGCGGGGAAGAGCUCGUAUGUAAGGUUUUUGACAUCGGCCGAUACCAGGAGUCACUGGCGGCCUACUUUGCGCUGGGCCAGCACCAGCAUAUUAACCAAAUCCUGGAGAUCUUGCUCGGGGAGACUCGAGCCUAUGUGUUCUUUGAGAGAAGCUAUGGCGACAUGCACUCUUUUGUCCGCACCUGCAAGAAGUUGCGGGAGGACGAAGCUGCCAGACUCUUCUAUCAGAUAGCCUCAGCUGUGGCACAUUGCCACGACAACGGACUGGUCCUCCGUGACCUCAAACUGAGGAAGUUUGUCUUCAAGAAUGAGGACAGAAGCCUCGUGAAGCUGGAGAGCCUUGAGGACACUUAUAUCCUGGACGGUCAUGAUGACUCCCUGUCAGACAAACAUGGCUGCCCAGCAUAUGUCAGUCCUGAGAUCCUCAAUGCCAACGGCAGCUAUUCGGGGAAGGCAGCUGAUGUCUGGAGUCUGGGUGUCAUGCUUUACACCAUCCUCGUGGGGCGCUACCCUUUCCAUGACGUUGAGCCUGGCUCUCUGUUCAGCAAAAUCCGCAGGGGCCACUUCAACAUCCCUGAGACGCUCACACCCAAGGCCAAGUGCCUGAUCCGUUCCAUCCUCCGCCGGGAACCCACAGAGCGCCUCACCUCUCGAGAGAUUCUGGAGCACCCCUGGUUUGUCGCCUCCGGGGCACUAGGGGGCGCUGCGGUGCACGGCAGAGGAGAAAGAGAGCAGGAGCAGAUGGUGCCUGAGGUGAACAUGGAAGAGGAGCUGGAGCAGUUCUUCAGCUGAGCAAACACCAAGCACAAACAGACGACUCCUCCACGGUCGGCUCGCCACGCUCACAGCAGAGCCAAAAAAAACAGUAGUUUAGAGAUUAAUAGGUGAACAUUUGUCACUCAUAAUAAAGGUGUUUCCAUCCUGUUUCCUUUUCCACCAUUUCAUGGAAAACCUUGAGCCUGGCAUGACAAAUGGCAUCUAUACGUCACCUGGCACUGCACUUCCCGUUCGGGGGUUUUGCUGCCAAACAUGCAAGUUGCAAACAAUGUAGCAAAUGUUCUUUUUGGAUCAGUUUGGUUUAAUGUGGUGCUCAUAAAAAUAGACACAUUCACCAUUUUUGACACUAUGGAAAGCAUGAAGGGACAUAAGAACACAGGAAACCAAGGAGAACAAUUCAAAAUGAACUGACAAACUGCAACACCACACCUUUUUUCUUACAGAUUUUGUUUUGUUUUUUUGUCAUAGCUUUAGGUAGUACCAAUUUAAACCACAGACCCAGGGUCAGAAAUCACAACCCCAAGUUCUAUUGUUGUCAGCUCUCAUUUGUCUCAAUUUUACAUUAUUGAUAAUCCUGACAGUCACUAAACUUCGACGGCCUUGUUUUCAGUAAUUUGUAUGUUUCUGCCUCCUCAGUCUCUUAAGCCUUUACCACACUUUAUUCACCACCACACUUUUAUUUUUCAGUAACAUUACUUUUAUAAACAGUCAUUUAUUUUGUUUGUUUUUAAGCUAUUCCACUCUGUUGUUACUGCUGCUUUAAUAUCACUCCCUAAACCUCAAUCUUAAACAGUUUUUUCUUGGUAAGCCUCCAUGGCAUCAUGCACUUGAUGUCUUAGGUGGACGAUUGACGAAUGGACGAUUCGACCUCUUAAAAUUAGUUUCCUCUUAUUUAAAUUCAUUCUUCAGUUGUAGGAACGAGAACGUAACAUUUAUUUAAAUUGUAACAGCUAUAUAUAUAAAUAAAUAUAUAUAAAUAAAUAUAUAUAUUUAAAACUACAUUGCAGGGUUUUUCUUUAUUCAGAGAUUCCUUUUUCAUGUAUGAUGUAGGCAAUAUCUUGACACAGGACAGGCACAAUGAGGAAAAUGUCUGAAGUUUUAGAAUACACAAUAUCUUCUGUGCCAGUAUUCUGGUGCCCCAACAGCCCCUGCCACCCGGUCUCCCUCAUUUCUUUUGAAAAACUUGAUACGAGAUAUUCAGUGAUUAGUAUUGCUAUGACAUGCUCACUCCAGGACCUCAUGUUAGUUUUCUACUGCCUGCGUAGGUUCUGUGAAACGAUCAUGCUCGGAAUGGGUACUAGUGGACAUGUUUUGUCGUAUCUCAAUGUUACUUGAAUUUGUGUUUUUAUCUAGUCAUUGGCAUGUGCCCCAUGAAUGCUAUAGCCUGCCUAGCAGGGUAGGGGCGGGGGUGGGGGAGGGUGUGUUUGUUUUUUAAGAAAAGUUAAAAACAUGAAAAUUUUCAAUUAGCUACUUUUCUGAGUUGCUUUUCAAUAAAAAAAACCCAACUAUUGCUUUUACUGUUUUUGUAGACUGAGCUACGUUUUAUUUAAGUUGGUGCUGAUUUGGUGCUAAUGUUUAGUCCUUUUGUUUCAUGGAGGGGGGUGGUGCAUGGUGGGAUAUCUGCCUCAGAUGUUCUGAUUGUAUCGUAACAGAUUCUGGUGUUUUGUCCAAAUUUAUUCAGUAAAUAAAUUGUGAACUGCUA